UUUACAUUGACCGCCUGCGCAAGCAUUGACCGGUGACGUCGCCAUCCUCUUCCCCUUCCGCCUCAACCAUCGGUCUGCCUUCCCUCCGACACCUCUCACGUUGGACUCGACCUCCGGCUCCAUCAUAAGACGAUCUUCUCGCCUCCCGUCUUCGCAGCAGAGGCCGGAUGAAGCCUGAGCUCUCCCGUCGCAGUUGAGGAGGUAGCCCUAGCUCGUCUCGGAAAGGGCUCCGAGUCCCCAACACCCUCCUGUCCGAUUACUUUCUUGCUUCCGUUGCUUCAGUAUUUCUUCGGUGCUUCCCUGGUCAUCAUAUCGGCUGCUCAGUGCCUCAACACCUCUGCAAUUGUUUCCGCUCCCCCCCUGCAAAAUGAUGAAAUCCUGCAAAAGCUGCAGCUCUCGAGCGCUAACACACGAUGACGUCACUGGCAGCCUUCUCUGUGCCGAUUGCGGCACCAUCAUCCAGCUUGAAACUUAUGAGGCUCAGAUUGGUGGCAUCACUGGCCCCACUGGCACCUAUGUCCGCGUUGGAACUUCAGGCACUGGAUCCACCCUCCCUUACAGAGAGAAGAAGAUAUUUGAGGCUCAGAAGAUGAUCGACGAUUUCACAUUCAAGCUAGGGCUUUCCACUUCGAAAUCGGAUGAAGUAAAGGACAUGAUUGUUAGGAUAACUGAGGGCGAAUACGGACAGGGAGAAUGGUUCCCUGUCCUGAUUGGUGCUUGCGCCUGUGUAGCCAUGAGGAGAGAUAACCAGUCGCUCCCUGUAGCUCAUGCUGCGUCAGUCAUUGGCUGUGAUGUUCAUGAGCUAGGUAGAAUGAUAACUCGUAUCGUAGAUUUUCUUGAUUUGAAGAAGGAAAAAGAGUUCCCUAUUUAUAAUAUUGUAACAGCUUUUGACCGGGCAGUGAGAGAGUACUCGGUAUUUAGUAGGCUUUCUAAGGAUGAGAUCGCGAAGUUGCACAAGCAAGGGUUGUUCCUGAUUCAAUGUGCGAUAAAGUGGUUCCUUACCACUGGACGGAGGCCUCUCCCUGUGGUGGUGGCAGUGCUGGUCUUUGUUGCGGAGUUAAAUGAAAUUCAGGUAAAGAUUGAUGAUGUAGCAAGGGAAUUUCAUGCUACUGUAUCUACCUCAAAGCGGAGAUAUAAAGAGCUCCUGGAGGCCCUUGUGGAGGUCUCACGGGCCCUACCCUGGGGAAAGGAUGUUACAGUCAAGAACAUAAUAAAGAAUGCUCCAUUGGUGAUUCAGUACAUGGAGACAAAGUCAAUGUUGAAGGGGAAGGGUAGGAAGAGCGAGGGGUUUGAUUUGGAGGAUGUGGUUAGCGGGUGCUUUAUAAAGGGUUUUGAGUACGAGUUUGAUGAGAGGAAUGUUGCAGAGAGUGAGUCUCGGUACUUUGAAAUUGAAGAUAGGAGCAGGAGUGGUGGGCUGGGUGUUAAUGAUAUGAAAAUUUCUUAUGAAUGUCUAUGCUUGAUUUACUCGAAGUUCUUGGAGGAGAAAGGAGAGGUUGCAUCUGCUGAGGAUAUAGGAAAUGGUAACCAGAGAAAGAGGAUGAUGGGUAUUGAUCUUUAUGCUUGCAGCGAAUGGUGGAAAGGAAAAUCUGAUUUAAGCAAAAAGCUUAUGCUGGAGCAGAUACUAGGAAAGGAUGUGGGGAUGGAUCCAAUGCCUCCAUCAUUUGUGAACGGGCGCAGGGCAGUUGAGAGGAGGAGAGAGAGAAUAAAUGCAGCUAAGCAGCGGAUUAAUCGGAUCAUGUCUUCGAAUUGCGCUGGUCCACCAGAUGCUCUUGAGUUUCAGUCUGCAAAUGCUUCCUAUGCUCGGAAGAGGAGGAGAAGUAAAAAAGAGGAGGUUGACUGGGAGGAUUUUAUUAUUGAGACCCUUCUACUUCAUCGGGUUAAAGAGGAGGAAAUUGAGAAAGGCCAUUACAAUACUUUGUUGGACUUAUAUGUCUUCAAUUCCGGUGUUGUGUAAGUAGUCCAGGUUAAAGACAGAUCCCUUUUGGCAUCUAUAUUACUGCAUAAGUUCGGAUGCAUAAUACUAUUUUUUAUUUUUUUUCUCUUACCCUCUAGUUUGUUGUUCCUGCUUCUGUUAAUCUUUAAGUUUAUCGCAGGCCAAAUGGCUCUGACAUGAUAAGAUUUGAUCUGAUA